GCCGCCGCCGGCGAGUGCUGUAUCUCGUGCCUUUGAUCGAGCCACGCGCCGACCGCGACACUUUCGACACUCCGACCGCCUUUGUUUACUCCCCACGCGCGCCCGACCAACAGCUGUUCCGUGUCUGUUGCGAAUUGUGAACAUAGCUAGUGCAGUUUUUGUGCCACAUCGGAAUCAGUGCGCCCUAUUGUGUUAGUGUUUACAGUGUUUGAUGGAGCUCGCGGGGCCUCCCCUGCAGUAGUGCAGCGGUGCUCGCGAAGGCCCGGCCAUGGCGGCCACGGCCCGCCGGGAGAUCGACACCGGCGAGGAGGACAUCGCCGCGAUCGCCAAACAGAUUUCGGAUCAUGCGGAAGCCAUAUAUCAGACUUGGAAAGCGCGUGGCCUCGCACCCACAGAAAUAUUGUCAUGCAGGCCCACGCCCGGCCUUAAGUUGGCCGAGAGCCUACGGACUAAACCUAAACCGGAACCGAAACCUGAAAUAAAGCAGCGUCCAGAGCUUCGCAGAGAGCGGCCGGAGAUCCGGGAACGUCCCGAGCUCCGCACGGAGCAGAGGCCCGAGCCUAGGCGAGACGUGCGCCUGAAUCCCGAAAGCGAAACAGUAGAAAUUAUGUUACCUCCAGACUUGGUACCGGAACGGAACGGGACUGGGUCUGGUUCCAAUAUGAGACGACCGGAUAACGCAGCGAUGCGGCUGGAAGUCGCUCGAGAAGAAGAAAGACUGUUGCGAGCUUUGCGUACAGGCGGGGUCGUCGCUGAACGACCCGCAGAAAGACCUGACGUAGUUCCUCCUAUAUCACUCGUGGAUUACGCGAAAAGCCGAUAUCAGGAUAGAUUGGACACGGGAGCUAGAAAGCCGGCUGCUGGAGCGAGUGGGGAAAGAAGAGCUUCUUUCGGGUCACAUGUUACAGAAGCCAGGUCUAAAUUUGAAGCUCGAGCUCGUCGCGCAUCCAGCGCUGGCGCCGCCGGGGAGACCGCCUCGGCGCAGGGCGCGGCGCCUGUGAGGCCGUUCCUUACGCGUGGUUCUGUCGCUGAACGCGUCCUUAUGUUUGAACGAUGUCCAAGUGAAGCUACGUUAGAGCUAGCCAAGAGAAAAUCGCCAGCAGCUACCACAUGGCGAGGACCUCAUGACGUCAUUAAUAGAGCACAGAACUACGCAGCAUCAACACCUCCAAAGGCCUCCUCAGCGCCGGCGCACACGACGCUCCAGAGGUCGGUGCGAGCGGCGGGGCCGUCCAGAGUCAUCCCGCGGUUCCACUUCCCCAAGGGCAGACCGCCUCCAGCUCACCAGCAGGACCAUGCCUUGCUCAAAGUCCAGUCGGCGUUUGCGACCUUCCCUAAUAGCCAGGUGCCGCGGGAAAGUUUCAAGCACAUCGUGAAAGCGUGCGAGUGCCCCCUGUACUGGAAAAUGCCUUUGUUCCUUGCGACGCAGCAGAACCUCAACGCGCCCGUCGAUGGCCACAAGUUCAUAGACUUUUGGAGAGAGAUGACGUCACAAUGCCACGACCAUGCUUCCCGAUUCGUGUACCUACUGACCCGGGGGAAAAACAGCACCCUAACUCCUGAGGACUUCGUGCCGUUGGUGCAAGAUGUCGUCGACACACACCCUGGGCUAUCGUUUCUCAAGGAAGCCACCGAGUUUCACUCCCGAUAUGUUCAUACUGUUAUAGCUAGGAUAUUCUAUUGCGUGAACCGGUCGUGGUCCGGGCGGAUAUCAAUACCCGAGCUACGGAGAUCCAAUCUCCUUCAAGUGAUACAGCUCUUAGAGGACGAGGAAGACAUCAAUCAAGUUACGCAAUACUUUAGUUACGAGCAUUUCUAUGUCAUCUACUGCAAGUUCUGGGAGUUGGACAAAGACCACGAUCUAUUCAUUGACAAGCAUGAUCUCGCCAGGCAUAACGAUCACGCUCUCUCAAGUCGUAUGAUCGAACGGGUGUUAUCCGGGUGUGUGACGCGAGGCAACCAGAACCGGCUGACACCGGAUGGUGAACCUCGCAUGUCGUACACUGAGUUCGUGUGGUUCCUGCUGGCUGAGGAGGACAAGACUCAUCCUACUGCUAUCGAAUACUGGUUCAGGUGUAUGGACGUGGACGGAGACGGUUAUAUAUCCAUGUAUGAGUUGGAAUACUUCUACGAAGAGCAAAUGCAGAGGAUGGAGGCGAUAGGUAUUGAGACGCUGCCGUUCAGCGAUUGUUUAUGUCAGAUGUUAGAUAUGGUCCACCCGGCAGAAGACGGCAAGAUCACACUCGGUGACCUUAAGAAGUGCAAGCUGACGCCCAUCUUCUUUGACACGUUCUUCAACCUCGAGAAGUACCUCGACCACGAGCAGCGCGAUCCGUUCGCGACCCAGCGCGAUUCAGAUUGCGAGAUGUCAGAAUGGGACAGAUUUGCCGCUGAAGAAUACGAACUGUUAGUUGCCGAAGAAGGUGGAAGUGACGCGCAGGACCAAAUCUCAUACGAUGAAACAGAUGAAGAUUGCUUAUCGCCUAACCUAGACGAUGUUACGAACACUGAAGUUGUCGAGGACUCCAGUGUUGAGGAGUCGACUCUGAGCGAAGGGUUGUCAACCGUGAUCGCAGGGCGCGCCAGAGAUCCCGCGGGAGUCGCGAUCGGACCACGGACUUCCGCGUCAACUAACCCAACCGGUUUCGUCAACCUCAGCUCUAUUUACUCCAUUGGAAACGGCGAGCGCUGGGCCGGCCAAAGGAACGUCGCAUUGGAAAAGAGAGGAGAAAAACCCAUCCCACCUGAAAAACCAGUCAGCUUGAUGAUGAUGAACGGCAAAAUGGACAAUAGAUACGGUUUCGGCAACAACAGUUUCCUAUAUUCCCAACUGUUGAACCCUGGCGGAGUGAGCGGCGCUCGAGCGAAAGAUCCACCUUCAUACACAGCAGCUACCAGUGGAGUGUUCGAUAAGAACGGGGAAACCAAAAAGGCCACAUCGCCUAGUAAAACCGUAAAGUCCCCAGUCACGAGUCCUGUGAAUGGAGUCAGCAAGAUCUCGGAUAACUAUGAAAAGGCCGUGGCGGAGAGACUCAGUCCUCAGAGAGAGAUAUCUAGGCUGAAUCGAAGUAGUCUGUUCAGUAAGGUCAACACGGGUGUAGUUUCCGGUAAAGUUAAGAAGAGUGGCCGUCAGGACGACGAAGAUGAGGAUUACGCGCGCGACAGUGAUGAGUGCUCCAUUUAGACUUGGCUCCAAUGUGGCAGUGCCAUAUGCUAUAGACUUUGAUGCCUCUCCAGGAAGAGCGAAUUCUCGUUAUUCGUCACGAAUUGUGCGUUGCAUGCAUUCAUUGCGAUUCAGGAAUCAGGACGCAAUGUUUGAUGCAAUGCAGGAUGAAAUUGUGCCUACUAAGAAUAGGCAAAGAAAAAAAUGUGGUCGGAAUUUCGAUCGGUAAUUUCGCAGAUGUUCAUUAAAAAUAAACAAGACUAGAUGGUACCCGCGACUUCGUCCACGUCCACUACGCAAUACAAAAAAGAGCUCCGAUUUAAAACGUGUGCGGUGGGUGAUUUAUAAAUCCAACUUUAGUAUGAAUAUAAAAUAUAGUACCUAAGGUAUCGCAAUAAAGUAUUGCGAAAACCCUGAUCGAAUUUCUGCUCGGUGAUUUCGCACAUAUUAUGUGAGGGGCGUGCGGUUUUAAGUGAGAACGCCAAAGAUUGUCAUAGUGUGCAAUUUAGACUUUCUAAAAUGGUGAUUUUUUUACAUCAUUGGAACAAGAACUGUUGUUAGUCAGAGAAAUAUUUUUUCAGCGUAUCCUAGAUUCGAUACGUGCCUUGUGAAUGUAGAUAAUAAUAUGUAGUUUCCGUGUGGACGUAAACAGGUAGAUGUAUGUAUGCCCAGUUAUAGGUAAAGUGGCAGUGGUAAAGUGCGUUAAUGGUCGGGAACUGUUAAUUAGAGUGCGAACGGUGUGUUUUAACAUCGCUUUAAGUUAUUUUCAGCAUUUUACUAGUAUUAUGGACAGUGUUACACAUUUUGUAUUACUAUAUCGCUGUAGUGGUUAAGCAUACCUACCUACUAUCCUAAUGAUAAUAAUAUGUAAUAGUACGGCGGCCCAUAUCUAUGGAGAUGAGCCAACUGCGCGGGAGGUAUGCGGGGCGGCACACUGCACAAGUGUGUGCGCAAGCGCAGGUGUUUAUAGCCUGAUGGGACGGAAAUCCGACACGACCGAAGAAAGAUCAGGA